CCCGGCAGCAGGGGGGGAGGGGGUUGUCUAACGUCGAAAUGGUCUAUUUCCCCCCGGCAGCUACGGAGUACUAAGUAUCUAUAUUAUUGUGUUUCUUUUUACUCUUAGUCGUUCUUAGUGUAAUUUAGAUCUGUUUUUAUAUUUAGUGUUACCUUAGUUAGAUUGUCCCUCUUAGUUAGACUUGUAGUUACUUGUCUCAUCAUUCUCGAUUUACUUUACAACAAAAUUUUUUGUUGCACGUUUCUUCGCUGUUUUUUGUUGUUGUUUUCCUGUUGUAUGGAGCGUAAGUCCUUAUAAUAGAGCAACAUAUCUGCGAGCAAGGAUCUGCUUAUGGACAGUGACCAGUGAGACAUCAGCAAAUACAACAAUGGAACCAUAUCCAAAUUGUAACACAAAACUUGUACAGCUGUGUUACUUCCCAAUCACCUAUGAAUUUUGGAAUGCUUGUCAGGUGAAUGCAGAUUAAUGUAAAAGAUACCAAAUGUGAGACAUGUGGAAAAGACCUGAUAGAAUGUGUGGGCCCCUUCGGUUAUGUAGAUGGGAACAUACGAUUUUUCAUGUUGGUUACACAAAGGCAGUAAUAACUGUGCUGCAAACAAUCUGCAAAACAUGCUUGUCUGUUCAUCUCAGUGACGAGAUGGCAAAUUUAUAGAGUAAAUCUGACUAAGGAAGAAUUGAGAAAGAAAACUGAGAAGUGUCCCUAAAAGUAACUUGUUCCAGUGAGAUGAUCAUGGCAAUCCAUCAUUUGUUUCAAAUAUUUUUAUAUGAAGUUACAACAUAGAAGAUAUUGAACCAGUCAGUAUCAUACAAGGAGGUCCUGUGAUAAAGGAAACCAUUAACGCCUUGAAAGACCACAAGUACAGCUGUUACCUCCAACCGGUUCCUAAUCGAUGAGUGCCUGGAAUGUAGAAAAAACAAUGCUCGCAAAAGUAAAUUUUACAGUUGCCAACCGCAAUAGUUCCGCACUUUAAUAAAAUCUCGGGCCAGUGACUCAGUGUCGCCAACGUGAUACAAAGUCAUUCAACUCUUUUCAUCAAACCUGUUGAGAAGGAUGCCUCAGGCUGGACACUAUUACUCCAAGUGAAAAUGAAUGGACACAGAAUGAAAAUGGAAUGUGAUGCCUAGGUAGCAUAGUGGGGUCAGAAGAUUGCCCGAAGCAACGUAAAAUGGAACAGCUGACGGGACAGCUGACAGGACAGCUGACAUGGCCAUAAAAAUUCUACGGAGUUAGUUAUUUCUCCCCUAGAUGCCUUGAGUUCAUUCAUUCAUUCAUAAUCUAAAAUCUAAACGACAAUGUCGAAAAUUUUGUUCAAUUUGAUACAUUUCAUAGAAUUUCGUUUUCAAUCAACAAGGUAAACGACGUGAUGAACCUUCGGGAGUCUUCGACUUAAUAGUGGGGUUCCGAACAGAGGUUAUCUCAUCAACCAUUGUGCAUUGGUCUGCUGUUACAGCCAAUGUCUGUAGUCUGUUCUCUUAGCCAAUAAUGACAUUACUCAUUGAGAGAUGAUCAUUCCUGAGGCACUUGCUCAUUUUCAAAAUACGAAAAACAAUAACGGAACAAUGAACACAUCCAACUUAUUUGGGUUAUUGGAUCUAGUACUAACUUGCGUUGGCCACCAUAACUACGAGGUUGCUGAGGUUACCUUUGGUUUUUGGUACAAGUUAUCUGAAGACCCUUAUCACGCAAAUGACGACGAUCGAACAAUUAAGUUUAAGCCCUACAUUGAGCGACUCAUCGGUGCUGUAUGCCGCCACUGUCAGAUGGAACCGGACCAUGAAGGUGUGUUGGAAGAGAGUGAUGAUUUUGCUGGUUUCCGAUCACGUGUGUCUGAAUUGGUCAAAGAUGUAGUGUUUAUCGUCGGCUCGGCUUCUGUUUUUAAACAUUGUUUCUACAGCAUUCAUGGCCAAAACAACCUCCCAUGGGAGGUCACAGAGUCAGCCUUGUUUAUCAUGCAAGCUGUAGCCAAAAAUAUUUUACCUGAUGAAAAUGAAGUAGUGCAAAGUGUGGUAGAAUCAUUACUGCAGGUCCCGGAAAGCGCUCACGCGGCAGUGCGUUUUACAACGCUUCUCCUCCUUGGGGAACUUGGGGAAUGGAUGGAUAAACAUCCUGCAGUAGUGGAACCUGUGUUGCAUUGCGUGCUCCGCUCCAUUAAUGAUCCGUCAUUGGCUGUGGCUGCUUCGAAUUCCCUGGAAGCCAUUACAAGCAUUUGCCGAGAUCACGUUAAAUCUCAUUUUGAUAUUCUCUUGCAAGUAGUGAGUGCCCUGGUUACAUUACCCAUUCCAACGGAGACGGCAGUUCGAGUAGUGAAAGGCGUUACCAAAGUCUGUAGUCGUUUGCCAGAUCAUCAAAUCGCGGAUGCUCUUCACCAACUUUGCAAGAUUCAUGUCGACGAAUUAACAAGAAUUUGCCAGGUGGAAAACCAAUCAAAAGUUGUCGCAAAAACCAGUAGUGAUCCCGUUGACUGGCUGGAUCGCUUGGCUUCUAUAUUUCGUAAUUUGAGUGUCAACGCUAAGAAGAGCGAACAGCAUCCGUGCCAGUUAGCCAUCACUUUUACGUGGCCGUGCUUGUCCAUGACGUUGGAUAAAUUCCAAACUGACAGAAGAGUGAUGGAACGCUGUUGUAGGUGUCUCAGGUUUGCUCUACGACUGAUCGGCCACCAGUCUGCUCCGCUUUUGCAACCUCUUGUUACACAGAUGGUGCGUCUGUACAAUGCUCAUCAUCACAGUUGCUUCCUUUAUUUAGCAAGUAUUCUUGUAGACGAAUACGGUUCAGAAAACGAUUGCAUCGGGGGUCUCAUCUCGAUGCUUGAAGCGUUGUUGCCACGUGCUUUCCAGCUUUUGCAAGAACCGCAGGGUCUGUCUCAUAAUCCAGACACAGUUGAUGACUUGUUUCGUCUUUUUGCGCGUUUUCUUUAGCGUAAUCCAGCCGCCUUUCUGCAUAGUCCGGCGUUACCUGCUAUUUUCGAUUGUGCCAUGCAGGCGGCUGCACUUGAUCACAGAGAUGCAAAUGCCAGCGUUAUGCAAUUUCUAUCCGAAUUGAUCCAUACCACGCGGACUCGAGAGAAGAAACUGUCUUUUGAACUUCGUGACCAACUAAUGUCAACAAUGCUACGCCCGAAAGGCCCUAUUCUCAUGAGUACUCUAAUUACGGCCUCGAUUUUCUCCUUGUCUACGUGUUCGUUACCCAAUGUUGCAGACGUUUUGCUUGAGUUCAUGCUAGUCGAUCGACAGAGCAUUUCCAGCUGGAUGGAGCAAACGCUGGAAAAUCUACCUCGGCAGUCACCUUCCGGAUGUGUCGCCGUCAGGCCUGAGCAGCUACAAGAUUUCCGCCAUAAAGUCAUCAGGGCGGAAACUUCUCUAGAGUUAUCAAAUGCGUUACGUGAUUUCUCCAGGCUUUAUCGGUGAAAUUCUUACUCGUUAAUUACUCUUGCAUAAUUUUCUUCAAGCUACUAACAUUUCUUCAUAUUCGAUUGAUGAGUUGAUUGUUAUUUUCUUCAAGCUACUAACAUUUCUUCGUAUGCGAUUGAUGAGUUGAUUGUUAUUUUGGUUAUUUUUAUUUUUUUUAUUUGCCCAUACUCAUCUAACUUUUACUUCGGCUAACGCUACUCCCGCCCUUGUACAUUUGGGACUAUAGUCAAGGGAAUGCCACUAUACACCUGAACACACCCAGAUGCAGUACAUCUCCCUCGCUCUUUCCCCGAAUAUCGUCGACCAUCGCACAAUGAAGCCGAAAAGUCACCUAAUACACAUUUCAUGGAAUUUCGUUUUCAAUCAA